GUGCUUUCAGCUGAUAAAUAUAACCUAAAAUGUUACAAUUUUAGAUUUUAGGACAUACUUCCCAUUUUCAUGAUAAACACAAUAAAAUGAGUGCAAAAAACCUGUUUUUGCGUGUUCAUACAGUGAUUAGAAGCCCCUACAUACGACAGUACUCGUUAAAAAUGCGGACAUUCAUCGGUAGUGCCAAAGCGCGGCCCCCUUCUUUCCAGUGCCCUGUCAGCCUCAAUUACUGUACCGAAGCCGAGAAAAAACACGUGAACGUCGGCACUAUAGGUCACGUAGAUCACGGCAAAACUACUUUAACUGCAGCUAUCACCAAAGUCUUGGAGAAAAAUGGUUUAGCAAAGUAUGUCUCGUACGAUCAAAUUGACAAGGCUCCAGAAGAAAAGGCUAGAGGUAGCAUCCCACUUCUGAUAAUUAAUUUACUUGACCAAAUUUCUUCGUAGGCAUAACAAUAAAUGCAGCUCAUAUAGGGUACAGUACGUCAAAAAGAAGUUAUGCCCAUACAGACUGUCCGGGGCAUGCAGAUUUUAUCAAGAACAUGAUUUCUGGAGUAUCACAAAUGGAUGGGGCUAUACUGGUAGUUGCUGCUGAUGAUGGGCAGAUGCCUCAGACUAGGGAACAUCUGUUAUUAGCCAAGCAAGUUGGCAUUGAAAAAGUGGUUGUCUAUAUCAACAAGGCAGAUCUUGUUGAUCAAGAGGUAUUGGAGCUAGUAGAACUAGAAAUCCGCGAGCUACUGGACGAUUUCGGUUUUGAUGGCUCUAACUCACCAGUGAUAUGCGGCUCAGCAAUAAAAGCCCUGAAGGGCGAGUCCCCUGAUUUAGGCGAGAAAUCUGUCCUGCAAUUAUUGGAUACUUUAGACAAAUACAUCCCAGAUCCAAAGAGAGACUUGACAUCUCCCUUCAUGGUUCCUAUUGACAAUGCCUUUACAGUGCCUGGUAGGGGAACAGUCGUGGUUGGUACGAUAAGCAGAGGCAGCUUGAAGAAAAAUGGAGAAGCUGAAUUGUUGGGAUUUGAUCUGGAUAUCAAGAUGACUUUGUCGGAUAUACAAGUGUUCAAGAAGAGUGUUCCACAGGCUGUAGCUGGCGAAAAUGUAGGCAUUUUAUUGAGAAGCAUCCGAUUGAAAGAUAUCAGAAGAGGGAUGUUGUUGUGCGCCCCAAACAGCCAAAAGUUGAGCAACCGCUUCAAGGCGAGCAUUUACUUUUUAGCAACGAACGAGGGAGGUCGCACCAAGCCUAUCACUGGAAAGUACUGCCAGCAGUUGUUUAGCAGAACGUGGAACGCACCUUGCAGAAUCGAUUUAGAUGCAAAUACGAAUAUGUUGAUGCCAGGCGACCACGGGUCAGUGUACUUGACGCUGAUGUGGAAAAUGGCGAUGGUUCAAGGUCAACAGUUCACAGUUCGCGAAAACAACAUCACUGUCGCUACCGGACUUAUCACAGAGACUCUAGACAAUGUUCUUAUAAACACCAGCCUUGGAAAACUGGCGUUAUAGUUGAAUUUCAUUUUGGCGAAAUAGUCACUUUUGAUAUAAGGUCUCAAUGCAAUUGAUAAAAUUUGGUCCAGUGGUGUGGCAGAGCUGUGAAGAGUAAGUGUUAUCCAUGAGAAAGAGAUGUUGGACACAGGACAAGAUUUAAGGUGGUUCUAAAUAAAAUAUUCAUGAGAUUUAAUUUGCUUUAUUAUCAUUUUCGCGUAUUUGAAAAUAUCGUUCUUUGAAAUGAACGAUUGUAUAAAGCAAUUUUUGUAGAGAUGCAUAGGAUGAGGCUAUAUUUUUGUGUGGAUACAGGUAAGGUAAAUUAUAUUUUACAAUAAACGAAAAAUUCCUUUAUUAUAUCAUACAUAAAAGCUUAUGCAUUUCGAAAUG